AUGGUGCCCUCCAUGUUGAAGAAAAUGAAGGUUAAAAGUCACCGUCAAGCUCAGGUAAUGGUCUUCAUCCUCAUCUUGGGAGUUGCUCGCUUGCUUCUGGAAUAUGCCAGGCUUUCCUGGAGCUCACCUUCUGUGGGCAAAAUGAGGAUCGCAUAUGAGCCUAUGUUAGCAGGGACCUCCGAUCGUUUUUCAGAAGUUAAGGAGCACUGUACUGUUGUUGCAAGUGAAGCAUCUUCAUAUCCGCUUGAUGGAAGUUGGUGGUUUCCAAGGGAAGUAUCUCUUCGAUUUUCUGGAGAAUGGGAGCAGAAGGGAUCUGUGCCUCUUUUGUCUUUACAUUCCAGAAAGGAGGACAACAUUCUCAAAGUGGCUUCUUUAUUACUAAUUUCCAACAGCUCAGAUUUCCAGGCUGAACGCAAAACCAAAGUUGCGAAUCUCACCGCAUCUCUAUGCUUGCACAUAUCCAAUAGUAAGACCUGGAUAGACUCUGAAAAUCAGCCGGGCAUAACUGAUCUUUGCAUAUACUUCCAGGGAAUCUAUGCAGAAACAAAUAGCGGAGAUCAGAAGCUGUGUAUGUUGGGUCGAGCGAAGAUGGCCCUGCGGCAUAGUAAUGUUUCUGUUCGCUCGGAAUGGUCUGGGCCUUCUUUGGUUGAAGAUGAUAAAAUUCUACUUCACCUGCAGAUUCCGCCUAGCAGUGGGCUAACCGGUGGAAAGAUUGUUGGGCGAUUGGCAAGCUUCCAUGUUUCAGAUCAUCCCAUGUUCUUUGAUCCCGUCGAUGUUAACUUCCCAUUGGUUUACUCGCCGCCCUACAAAUUCAAUACAGACAGCAUGGUGGAAAGUGCCUGCAGUGCAGAGGUUCAUGAAAAUAAGUUCACAGAUCUGGAAUUGUACAAGGGGAAAACUCAAUGCUGCGAAUUAAUAAGGUCAAUAUUGGAGUAUUGGACUUUGGAGGGAAUACCAAAUUGGCAAUGCAAGGGCCCAGUAGAGUAUUGUAACAGGAUUGGUCCUUUCUCCAAUCAAGAGGGCUUCAGCAACUGCGGGAUUAUUAUUCGAAGUUUUCAAUGCUUUGAAUUCGAUGAAAAUUCAGAUAUCAAUAUCAGUGCAACUAUUGGUGUUGUGCCUGAAGUAGACAACACCGGGAAAUCUGGAUUAGGACCAAUCCGAGAGGACCAAAACACAAUGUGGAUCCAAGGAAAAUGGAGAAAAGCAUCCCCAGGUAAGAUUUGUAUGGUGGGAUGCUUUGCAUCUACCCCUACCCCUGCUUGUGAUUUCCUAGUCUGUCUCUACAUUCCAAAAUCUCUUUCUCUCAAGCAGCGCAAUAUGGUAGUGGGUUUUAUAUCUAGCAUUCACAGGGAAUCCAAGGCCUUUUAUCCUCUUUCCUUUGAGCACCCAAUACAGCCUCGUAUAUCUCUGCCUUAUGGUCUCUACGGUGAAAUGUCAUACCAUUACGCCAAGGAUAAUAUUACAGAGUCUGUCUUGGAGAGAAAAAAUUUAAAGAGUCUGGAUAAUCUGAUACGGUGGCGUCUUGGGCGGAGAUCUUUCAGUGCAUUCAACCAUCGAUUCGAGUGGAGACAAUCGUGCCUCUUGAAGCAAGAGAAAAUCUCUCAAGAGGAAAGGCCGUUUCUCAAAGUGGCAGCACAGCUCAAAUUGGACGGAAUUUUUCCUACAUUGUUAAAGCUAUCCGUCGAGGGUGUGUACGAUCCGCAAGGAGGCCAGAUGAAUCUUGUAGGCUGCCGGGAUAUUCGGGAUCAGAGAGAAAUUCUUCACAGCAAUACCAGUAUUGAUGUAGAAGAUGGUCUGGAUUGUCAAAUUGAACUAAAAUUACAAUAUCCACCAACUAAUUUCAAGCUUUUGAUAGAUCGGUCUGUCAAAGUGUCAAUCAGGAGCAACAGAACAGAGAGCGAUUCGCUCUAUUUCAAGCCAGUGCAGUUCCAUACAGCACAAAUUUUGUACAUUGGAGAGACAGCAGAAGCUAUUCCUCACAGAAUUUUGGAGCCAGUGUUGAAGAUUUUGUCUCUCUACCUUGCAACUGUCUGUAUAGCGAGUCAAUUGGUGUAUAUUCGGCACAAUGCACAAGCACCUGCAUACAUUUCACUCUUGAUGGUGGACACCCAAGCUCUGGGUUUCGGUAUUUCUCUCACAACUGGGAUAGAUCACUUCUAUUUUGCAAGCUCAGAUUCUUCCUCCAAAGAGGGGCAUUAUACCUGUUCAAUGGAAGAAAACCUUUCUUCCCUUUUUGAUGUCCUAAUCAAUGCCAUGCUAUUGGUUGCAUUUACCUUCACAGUAAGACUUUUCUAUACAGUUUGGCAAUCUCGUCUUCGUCUCAGCAAAGUACCAAGCGAAAAAUGGGUGCUUCUCUGGUGCGGAGUUAUGUACGCCAUUGGUUUUGUCAUCGAAAUUUGUAUUGGCAUUUCUAAACCCUACUGUAAUACUAUAACCCGAUUCGGCGGUAGAGCCCAUGUGAAGAUGCAUUGGAAGGAGGUUGUUAGGCCAUAUGUGGGAUUGUUUCAGGACUUUUUUUUGCUUCCUCAAGUUUUGUGGAUUUCUGAAUGGAAAUAUAACGGUGAACCUGUGAGGAAAUUUUAUUACCUUGGGACCACUGCUCUGUGCUUCCUUCCUCAGAUAUAUUGUUAUUUGUACAAUCCCCAUUCCCAGAAUGAAAAUGUAAGAUUUGGCUCGAUUGCCGCCGUGGUUUCUGCUGCCAUCGUUUAG